AUGCCGCCCUGUCUGUCCUCGUCCCGCAACCCACUUCUGUUCGGUCAGACGGUCCAUCCUCCGCCUUGUAUCCCUCGUCCGAUACGCCCGAGACAGAGGCGCACGCUCGAGCGAGCCGGAGGGAAGGCGAUGAGGUCGCAGCUCGACGCGGCCGUGUCGCCGUCUCCGCUGGCCUCGGUCCGGCGAGCUCUCCACUCCGCGCCGCCUCGCGCUCUCAGGUUUCACGCGUUCCCGUCGCGGUUCGGCGUGCGCCACGGCCGCGGGGUUGGAGUUCGCUGCGCCAACCAGCUCCCCGGUAAGCGGUUGCUGUGUCAUGGCGUUGGUGUGUUCACCACGGAGACGAGGCAGGAUGACAAGGAGGCUCUUGGGAAUGAUGUACCAAUCCCGAUCAUUGCAGUGGCGAGAAAUCUCUUGCGCUUUCCUGCAGAGGGAAACUGCAAUAUGGCUACCAUUCUAAUCAUAACAUUCUGCGCUCUAAGCAGAAUUGUUUCUGGCCAGAUGCAGUUGAUGAUGAAUUUGCUCCUGUGGACGUCGAACAAUAUUACACGUUUGCCAUUUGCUUGCAUAUCUGAUCCUAUUAGAAAACCUGUGCCUCUUAAGCUAGAUGUGACUUUUCCACCAGUGCGUGACAUCGGAUGGAGUAUUUCACGAUUGUACUAUCUAUUCAAUUCACAACUUGAAAGGAACAUUGCCUUGUCUGUUAUUACUCUGCUCAUCACAUGCUUUUCCUUUGUUGUUUUUGGUGGAUUCCUAUUUCAUAAGUUCAGGAAGAAACAACAGUCUUUAGAGGACUGCUUUUGGGAAGCUUGGGCAUGUCUCUGCUCAUCAUCUACUCAUCUAAGACAAAAGACACGUGUUGAGCGUGUUAUCGGGUUCUUUCUUGCUAUCUGGGGUAUAUUAUUCUAUUCUCGUUUGUUAAGCGCAAUGACGGAACAAUUUAGAAUCCAGAUGCAUCGGGUAAGGGAAGGAGCACAGGUGCAAGUUAUUGAGGAUGAUCAUAUCAUCAUUUGUGGAGUCAGUAGUCAUCUGGUGUCCAUAUUAAACCAACUGAAUAAGUUCCAUGAGUCAGCGAUUCGCUUAGGUUCCGCUACAGCAAGGAAGCAGAGAAUUCUUCUUCUAUCGGAUCUUCCAAGGAAGCAAGUGGAGAAGCUUGGGGAUAGCAUAACCAAAGAUUUAAACCAUAUUGAUGUCUUCACCAAGAGUUGUAGCCUUAGCUUGACAAAGUCAUUUGAGAGAGCAGCAGCAAACAAAGCAAAGUCUAUAAUCAUUUUGCCAUCAAAGAAUGAACGAUAUGAAGUAGAUACAGAUGCAUUUCUCUCUCUAUUGGCUCUUCAACCUCUUAGACAAAUUGCAUCUGUUCCUAUCAUCGUUGAGGCUUCUAACUCGACCACCUGCGAACUUCUGAAAUCAAUCACAGGCUUAAAUGUGCAGCCAGUGGAGAUGGUUUCUUCUAAGUUGUUUGUGCAGUGCUCUAGGCAAAAGGGCCUUCUUAAAAUCUACAAGCACUUGCUUAAUUAUCGCAAAAACGUCUUCAACCUUUUCAGCUUUCCUGAGUUAGGAGGCAUGAAGUAUAUGGAUGUGAGACGUCAAUUCCAUGAUGCAGUUGUUUGUGGUAUCUUUCGAUCUGGAAAGAUUCACUUUCACCCAAGUGAGGAUGAGUUGCUGAAAGAAACAGACAAGUUGCUUCUUAUCGCUCCUGUUCACGGGAGGGGAAAACCGCACUAUAGAGUUUUAAGUCUAUCAGAAGGAACACAAACUUCAAAUCAUUACUCGGAGUCAAGAGAGGACCAAAUAUUGUCUAGUAUGAAUAUUGAGCUUAAGGAAACACGAUGGAAGAACAUUAUGAAGCGGCCCUCAAAAUCAUUCUCCAAGAGCAGUGAUUAUAUGCUGGGACCUAGGGAAUGUGUACUUAUUGUUGGUUGGCGGCCAAAAGUUACUGAUAUGAUACGAGAAUAUGACAAUUACCUUGGACCUGGUAGUGUAGUGGAAAUAUUAUCAGAAACCCCUGUUAAAGAGCGGAGCAGUAUUGUCAACCCCCUCUUGCAGAGCCAACUUAAAAAUAUUAAAGUUUGUCAUCAGAUGGGGUGUCCUUUGAACUAUGAUACUUUGAAGGAAGCAAUAAUCAAUAUUAGGAAAUCUGCCAAGUCUGAUAAAAAUAUCCCACUUUCAAUUGUCGUUAUAUUUGACAGAGAUUGGCUCACUGGAGAUACUGCACAGGCUGAUAAACAACUGGCAUAUACCCUUCUUCUUGCUGAAAACAUUUGUGAGAAACAUGGCAUUAAGGUUGAGAAUCUUGUAUCAGAAAUUUCUGACACAACACUGGGAAAGCAAAUAUCUAGAAUAAGACCCACCCUUUCGUUUAUUGGGGCAGAGGAAGUAAUGAGCCUUGUGACGGCACAUGUUGCGGAAAGCAGUGAGCUGAAUGAAGUAUGGAAGGAUAUUCUGGAUGCUGAAGGUGAUGAGAUCUAUAUUAAGGAAAUUGGACUGUACAAGAAGGAAGGAGAGAAAAUAUCAUUCUUGGAGCUUUCUGAAAGGGCAGUUUUGCGUCGUGAAGUUGCAAUUGGUUAUGUCAAGGACCACAAGCAGCAUAUAAAUCCCGUCGAUAAGUUGGAGCCACUCUCUCUUGAAAUGACAGAUUCGCUCAUUGUGAUAUCUGAGUUUGAAGUUAGAUAUAAUCAAUUGGUUGCGGUCUCGUUGUUUCCUGUGGGAGAUAAAUUGUUCUCUGGCAGCAACGUAGGCAAUUUUUCUUCAGCUUUAGCUUCAUCCACCAUCAACCAUAGGACAUCUUUCUGCAGCUAUGGCGUUAUGAGAUCUGUCUUCUCCAGAGCAAUCAAGAGGGAAUAGUACAAAGAUGAGAAAAAUGAUGGUCCAUCCAAAUGGGGAAAGCGAUGAAACUUCAGGUUUGACGACACCUCGGUAUAACGAGGUACCACUGGUUGCUGCAUACGAGAAUGAGAUCAUCCGUUUCCCUGAGGAAUUUCGGUUGUGUGACCCAGAAGCUUAUGAACCCAAAGCUGUCUGCAUUGGGCUCUACUUCCAUUCACUGAGGUACUCCCCAAACAUCAGGUGAAUGGAACAACACAAGUGCUGGUGCGACAACAGAUUGUUGAAGGGAAGCAAUCAAAGCCUGGAACUUUUGGUUCAAUAGUUCCUGGUUAGACUGACACAAGCAAUCAAUAAAAAGCCGUUCGGGCAGCUCUAUGCAGAACCAGUUACUAUGUCAGAUGAGGAAAUCGGCUUGAUGCUUCUGUUUGAUGGAUGUUUUAUUGUCCACUUUUUGUUAAGGCAUGAUCUGAGGAGGGGCAUGGAGUAUGAGUACUGGGCAAUUGGAUGCUGAAUAUCUGUACGAGGAAUAUGAAACUCUCCAGUGGGAAAGGCCCUGGGAGUGGGGCUUGGUUGCCAUCGACAUGCUCCUAAUGGAAAACCAGAUACCUUUCAUUGCUGUCAGAAUCUUGUUUGAGAUUCUGAAGACAGAGCAUGACAAAGCUGUUGACCUGACGGCAUGUGCACAAAAUAUGUUCAAGAACUAUCUUCCACCUGGAAUGCGCACCUCGACAAGCCCAAUACACUGCAGGGAUGUGCGCUGCCUCCUAUACUUGCUCUACUGGUCCAUCCAUCCAAAUCCGAAGCUAGACAACAGACUGAUGCAGCCAUUGCCAGAUCCACCUACAUCUGGCAUGGAUCCUGCAAAGAAGCUUGAGACUGAUGGUAUCAGUAUCAGGAGAAGGCAGCAGUGGUGGCCUUUCAGUCGUUUUCUGGAGCCGUUCAGCUUCAUGGACAUCAUUUUCAGUCACGGUACAGUAGAGAUCCCUCAACUGGAGAUUAGUGACACAAGCAUUCAGUUGCUGCAGAACCCCAUCGCUUUUGAUAAGUGCUACCACAGCGUGACGUCCCAUGUGACAAAUUCAUGGAUGCCCUUAAUGCCGAUUCCCAGGACAUGGAGAUGCUGCGCAAGAAGAAUGUUUCUGAUGUCCAGUUGACCACUGCACAACCAGAACUCUCCUUUAGGAUUACCUCAGCAAGCUGAUGGUGGACGUGGCCUUGGUACAAGGAGACCAGAGCCAUCUGGAAGGAGAUGCCGAUGCCAGACGCCCUGCUAUUUGCAAUAUUGAUGUUGGUUGCAGCAGCAUAUGUCUUGCUAGUGUUGUACAGGUACAUGUCUUCUUGAUCAUACGGAACCGUGCUAAGGUUUCGUUGUUCACUCGUGCAGUACCCCCUGUUGCUGCUGUAAGCUGUAUGUCUUAGCCAACCAAAGUUAUGUCUUGUUUUGGUGUACGCUUAUCAUGCGGUUCUUCAGGCUUAUUUUCGUGAUAGCUGGUUAAAUUUUAUCUGAUGCAUGUGCUGUAAAGGUCCGAUUUGAGGAACCGA